UAAAACGGUUAUUCAUUCUAGCAAAAUUAUUCCUCCAUUAUUUCAAUUUUAUGUACGUAGUUUAAUAAUUUGAAAAAUUCCAACAAUUCUACAUCCAACUUUCAAAAGAUGUCUUCCGAUCCAGUACUUCACCGGCACUUGAAAGGUCAUCGUAACCGUGUUACAGGAAUAUCGUUUCACCCAGAGGGCAACCGUUUUGUGACUGGUUCCACCGACAACACGGCCAUAGUAUGGAACAUCAACGAACAGGUGCGUUGUAUGCGCUUCGAAGCACACUCUGACGUGAUCAACGAUAUUUGCUGGUCACCGGAUGGGCGGAUUGUUGCUUCGGCGUCCAAGGACCGGACGGUAAAAAUCUGGGUUCCCUCGCUGAUGGGAAACUGCGACGAGUUCCGGGCGCACACUUCCAACAUCAGAUCGGUGGAUUUCGAUUCGAAGGGGAAAAAGCUGAUAACGGCAUCGGAUGAUAAGUCGGUUAAGCUGUGGAAGGUAUCGAGGAAACAUUUCGUGUCGUCGUUUACCGGCCAUACCAAUUGGGUGCGAUGUGCACGGUUCAGUCCGGAUGAUAAGCUGAUUGCUUCGUGCGGAGACGAUCGGGCGUUGAAACUGUUCGAUCCGUUGUCCGGACAGUGUGUGCACAGUUUCGUGGACCAGAAGGGAGCAGGGAACAAGGUGGCCUGGCAUCCGGAUGGAACACUGGUGGCAAUUGGAUUGGAUAAUGCGAGGGUGAAGAUCUUUGACAUCAAGAUCCGGAAGCUGAUUCAGUAUUAUAGGAUUUUCGAAGGAUCGAUUAACUCGUUGGAUUUCCAUCCGUCGGGGAAUUAUUUGAUUACCGGAAGCGAUGACGGGGCGGUGAAGAUUAUUGAUUUGCUGGAAGGAAGGCACAUUUAUACGUUGACAGGGCAUACUGGACCGGUGACGGCAGUGAAAUUUGCUAGAGAUGGACAGCUGUUUGCGUCCGGGAGUGAAGAUCGUCAUAUUAUGCUGUGGAAAGUCAACUUUAAUGGAGAAUCGUCGGAAAAUUCGCUUUACUCAUCGGAGUGUAGCGAUCUUCAGCCACAUCUGAUGCAGCAAGAAGACAGACCACGUCAUGCGAUUCCCUCAAGUAGGAAACUCAGCUAUCAGGAUUCCCAAGGUACGGAUGAGGAUGAAGAGAUUCGGUUCAGCAACAAUAAGGAAAAUCACCCAGAUACGAGUAUUCUGGUUGAUGCCAGAAAGACAGAGAACUUCCACAUAACGGAUGUUCACGAGGAAAUUGUAAUAAGACUAUGCAAGAAGCCUCAAGUGCGCUGCCUGUCGGAGUCCUGUUUGAAUCCGUCCGCACGCGGUGAACAGGAACCGAGUAAGAAUGGUAGCAAUUUCGAGAAGCACGUCAUUCGAAAGCUUGGGCUAAUUGAAAGUGCGGUCUCAAGUCUCGAAAGAAGAGUUGCGCUUCUGGAAGACGUCGUGCUCAAUCGAAGCUGAGGUUGAAAGGAAGUUUUCUCUAUUUAUCGAUUAGAGUUUUAUUUGUUUAAUUGUACAUAGUUUCGAACGGAUUUAUUUUUAAUUACAAGCAUUCAA